UACACCCUCUCUCUCUCUUGUCUCGUCCUUCUCGCUCUCAACCUACAUAGGUAUAUGACAAGGACACUAGCCGACUCUUCUGCUUCCCCAUCAUCCUCCGCCAUCGCUACUGCUACUAUCCUCUUUGGUCCCUCUUCAUGUUCUCACCUUGAGCCUCAUGAACCUUCCGACGCCUGUCUCACAUUAUCGUCAUCCCCAACAAAACUUACUCCCACUUUGCUUUCUCUCCCCACUUCUACCUCUUCCAACAAACCUACUACAACAAUGACGACUUCUCUACUCUCACUUCCUUCUUCCGCUACUCCUUCCACUGCUGCUGUAUCCGCAAAGUCACGAGUUUUACCCAAACAACCUUCACGUCGAUCUAACACUCUGACUAACGUACCUCUCAUCUCUUCCUCCUCGUACAGCGGUCACACCUCCCCUUCUUCGCCUUCAUCUUCCGAUGGUGGUCAGCUUGCAACAGCGGCGGGAACUUCAACCUACGUUCCCACAGCCACGACUUCGCGUCAACACAAACGUGCCUACCAUGACCACUACCCAACUCGGCACUCCCAUUCCCGUAGCCCCGGCCCCCGUCCUUUCGCCUUUUCCUCAUCCUCAAAACCUCUUUUUAACCUAUCUUCACUGCCACCUUCAUACUAUUCCAAUGUUUCAUCCUCACUCUCAAACAAAAACUUGGAGCAUCUACCCUCCAAAAACAAAAGUAAAAUCACUACCACUGGUUUCUCACUCUCAUCAUCUAGUGCAUCUCGACCUAAUUCACCUCCAACCCUCGCUUUGUCAUCAGCUUCUUCCACUUCUUCGUCAUCCGGUUCGUCAUCCGAUUCAUCAGAAGAAGGCGGAGAUGCGAUGGAAGGGGGAAACCAUUUCACGGCAAGUUCUGCUGGACCUCGUUAUCAUUCAGUAACAGGACCAUUGAA